AUGGAAGAAACUUGCAAGCCUCUGAAAACUGAUAAUAGACUAAAGCACCACCCUUUAACUCCUUUUAGGUUGAUAAGGGGUCUUAUUUGUUUGUUGGUGUAUCUUUCUACUGCUUUUAUGUUUCUAGUAUAUUUUGCACCUGUUGUGGCUGUCCUGUUGCGGCUUUUCAGCAUACACUAUUGUAGAAAAGCAACCUCCUUCCUCUUCUCUCUUUGGCUAGCUUUGUGGCCCUUUUUAUUUGAAAAGAUAAAUGGGACCAAAGUUGUGUUUUCUGGAGAUUUAGUUCCACCAAAGGAACGUGUUUUGGUAAUUGCUAAUCACAGAACUGAGGUUGAUUGGAUGUACUUGUGGAAUCUGGCAUUGCGAAAGGGGUGCCUGGGCUACAUCAAGUACAUCCUCAAGAGCAGCUUGAUGAAACUACCGGUCUUUGGUUGGGGAUUCCAUAUUUUGGAGUUCAUUUCAGUUGAGAGGAAGUGGGAAGUUGAUGAACCUGUCAUGCGGCAAAUGCUUUCGACUUUCAAGGAUCCUCAAGAUCCCUUGUGGCUUGCACUUUUCCCUGAAGGAACUGAUUUUAGUGAACAGAAAAGCCAGAGGAGCCAAAAGUUUGCUGCUGAAGUUGGACUUCCUGUGCUGACGAAUGUGCUACUUCCUAAAACAAGGGGUUUUUGCAUGUGCUUGGAAGUUCUACGAGGUUCCUUGGAUGCAGUUUAUGAUGUGAGUAUUGCAUAUAAACAUCAAUUGCCUACAUUUCUGGACAACGUAUUUGGUACAGAUCCUUCAGAAGUUCACAUUCAUGUUCGACGUAUCCCUGCCAAGGAGAUCCCAGCCUCUGACGCUGAGGCUGCUACUUGGCUAAUGGAUAGGUUCCAGCUCAAGGAUUGGUUGCUCUCAGACUUCAAAGCUCAGGGCCAUUUCCCUAAUGAAGGAACAGAACAAGACCUUUCUACACUGAAAUGCUCGGUAAAUUUUGCCGUGAAUGCAAGUGUACCGCCAAAAUGGUUUGACAUGAAGCGUAGAAAUGCUUCAUCACUUGAAUACCAUGAAACCCAUGGUGUUAUGCGAUGUCAAAUGAAAUCCACGUUUUGGGGUUUAGAAAAGCGAAGAUAUACUGGUCUUCGGUUGGAGAACUUGAAGCUGAUAGAAGAUUAA